UUUAAUAUCGUUACGGGACAGUCGUCGGUAAUAAUUAUCUAUUUCCUCUACCGGUUUGUUUACGCUAAUGGAAAUUGUUUUACAUAAAAUAAAAUAUUCACGUGAUUAUGAGAUUUUCACAAAUCGGUCGCUGAAUUAAAUAAAGAAAACAGGUGAUUUGAUCGAUUUGAAGAUGAUAGUGAUUUUAAAGUAAUCUUUGAGUAUUUCUUCAACAAAAUUAAUUUUUUUUUUUAAUAAAAUUAAAAAGUGCGAUUGCAAACUUUUAAGUGGUAUAAUAUACAAUAUAGUAUUAAAAAUAAAGUGAACUAUUUUAUUUUAAAUUCACAUGUUAGCUAAAAUGCAAUUAAAAUUGAUAUCAAUAUGGUUGAUGACGUUUCAAUGGAUCUCAAAUUCAGAUGGUUCGAUCGAAUCGCCGUCGCAGACCGGCAACCUCAACUACUGGGAACAACCGUUCUCGCAGCCUUACUUCGACAACGCCACUAGACGUGACGUGACCGCGACAGUGGGCCAGAUGACGUACUUGCACUGCAGGGUCCGAAAUCUCGGCGACCGAUCGGUGUCGUGGAUCAGGAAACGUGACCUGCACAUAUUGACCGUGGGCAUACUAACGUACACAAACGACCAGCGUUUUCAAUCGCUGCAUUCAGACGGGUCGGACGAGUGGACGCUCAGGAUCACGUCUCCGCAGAUCAAAGACUCGGGGACGUACGAGUGUCAAGUGAGCACCGAACCGAAAAUCAGCCAAGGAUUCCAGUUGAACGUAGUCAUAUCGAAGGCCAAGAUCAUUGGAAACACGGAAAUGUAUAUCCGGAGUGGGAGUGACAUAAACCUGACGUGCGUUGUUCUGGAAACGCCAGACCCACCCAGCUUCAUAUAUUGGUACAGGGACAGGGACGUCAUAAACUAUUCAGGACGUGGUGGCAUUAGUGUGGUGACCGAGAAACAGACACGGACCAGCAGGCUUCUGAUAUCCAAAGCACAGCCACCCGACACUGGAAACUACACGUGCGCCCCGUCGGCCUCAGACUCAGCAAGCGUUACCGUUCACGUCCUUAAUGGUGAACACCCGGCGGCCAUGCAACACGGCAACAGCAGCAACAGUGCCGUGACCAGACUGCUGCCAAUUUUCCUGUUGUUCGUGUGUCAUUCCAUUCAGGUGCUGUUGGUCACCGACGUGUACGUGCCAUCUCGUGUCGUCAAACUGACCAGAUGAACGGCUAAGCGCGUGCACAAUUAAAAUCAUUAUUGAUAAUAUUACAACUAAUUUUCGUGUGUACACCGCCGUGUUGUUUACACGCGCUUGUUUAUACCGAAAUAUUAUUUAAAAAUGUAUAAAUAUGAAUUAUAUAAUAAUAUUAUUAUUAUGAUGAUCGUUGUAAAAAAAAAAAAAAAAAAACAGAAAAAAAAGCGCAUGUCGUCGCAGCCACCACUGCGCAGAGUAAGACGUAUAUUGUAAAAUUGUAUGUAGGUACCUUUAAUAUUAUGUAUCAUAUUACUAUACUGUGCGUCGAGUGAGUUUCUUGAUUUUCGGUUUUCCUACGAAAUAACAAUAUUAUCAUUAUUAUUAUUGCGUAGGUUUACCGAAAAUAUAUAUCAUCACGAUUUGUACUCGGGCGGUGUGCCACACGGUGUUCGACUGUUUAACGUUCGCGUGUCGACAGUUUAAACGAUGCGUUAAACGAGAGACGGAGACAGCGAAAUAAUGAUAAAAUAUAUUACUACAGGAGUAUUAUUAUUACUAUUAUUACCGUUGUAGACAUAAGGCGCGAUUUGGAAAGGUGGUCGCGUUUUUCACGGCAGUGGUUUUUGCCUUGUCGAAAACACUUUUAU